UCUGACUUGAAGCCAAAGAAAAACAUACAAGAAAAGCUCAGCUCGGAGAAGAGUACUGUUUUGCUCUUUCAAUCGCUGUUUCCUGUUCGUCGAAGGCAAUUCUCGGUCAAGAUGAGUACAGCGCCAGCUCAAGAUGUCGAGAUGAAGGAGACUCCGGAUCCGGCGUCAGCUCCGUCCAAUUCAGCUACCUCCGCCGCGCCGUCGGCUCUCCAACAUUUGAAGGAGAUUGCUUCGUUGAUUGAGACUGGGGCGUAUGCUCGUGAGGUUCGGAGGAUUGCGCGGGCCAUUAGGCUGACGAUGGCACUGCGGCGGAAAUUGAAGACCUCGGUGGUGUCGGCUUUCCUCAACUUCGCGCUCACUCCUGGAUCAGAGGCGCACUCGCGUUUGUCAUCUUACCUUCCCAAGGAGGAUGACCAUGAAAUGGAGGUUGAUACUGCAACGUCUGUAGUGCAAGCUCCUGUGAAGCAUUCCCUUCCCGAGCUGGAGAUAUUUUCUUACUUGCUGGUCUUGAUUUUUCUGAUUGAUCAAAAGAGAUACAGUGAGGCUAAAGCUUGUUCAUCAGCAAGCAUUGCAAGGCUUAAGAACAUUAACAGAAGGACUGUUGAUGUCUUAGCAUCGAGGCUUUAUUUCUACUACUCCCUCAGUUACGAGCACACUGGUGACCUUGCUGAAAUAAGAGGUAACCUGCUUGCACUUCACCAGAUUGCUACAUUGCGCCAUGAUGAGCUGGGUCAGGAGACACUUCUCAAUCUGCUGCUACGCAAUUACCUCCACUACAAUCUGUAUGAUCAGGCAGAGAAGCUGAGGUCCAAGGCUCCCCGAUUCGAAGCCCAUUCAAAUCAGCAGUUCUGUAGGUACCUAUUUUACCUGGGGAAGAUUAGGACGAUUCAGUUGGAAUACACAGAUGCCAAGGAGUCCCUCCUACAAGCUGCUCGGAAAGCCCCCAUUGCAGCCCUUUGCUUCCGCAUUCAGUGCACUAAAUGGGCUGUCAUUGUCAGAUUGCUGCUAGGAGAAAUCCCUGAAAGGACCGUCUUUAUGCAGAAAGGCAUGGAGACUGCUUUGAGGCCUUACUUUGAGUUGACAAAUGCUGUCAGAAUAGGGGACUUGGAGCUCUUCAAAUCUGUGGCAGAGAAGUUCUCAGAGACCUUCAGCUUGGACAGGACCCAAAACCUGAUUGUCAGGCUGCGCCACAACGUCAUCAGAACUGGGCUCAGGAACAUCAGCAUCUCCUACUCUCGCAUCUCGUUAACUGACGUUGCCAAGAAGCUGAGGCUUGACUCCCCAAACCCUGUGGCUGAUGCAGAGAGCAUCGUCUCCAAGGCAAUCCGAGAUGGAGCAAUUGAUGCGACGAUCGAUCACGCUAAGGGGUGGAUGGUGUCGAAGGAGACGGGGGACAUUUACUCAACAAACGAGCCACAGAUGGCAUUCAACUCGAGGAUUGCCUUCUGCCUCAACAUGCACAACGAAGCUGUCCGUGCACUCCGCUUCCCUCCCAACUCCCACAAGGAGAAGGAGAUUGCUGAGAAAAGGAGGGAGAGACAGCAGCAGGAGCAGGAGCUCGCCAAGCACAUUGCUGAGGAGGAUGAUGAUGAGUUUUAAGAAUUAGGAGGGAUCUUAGGUCCAUUUUCUCAGUUCCAGUGCACAGACAGAAUCACCUGCUCUUUGGAAUUUGGUUUUACCUUCUCCAUAUCAUUAUCAACUAUCUCUUUGUACGAAAUUUUCAGAUUUCGAGCAUCAUUAUCCGUUCCAGUUUGCAAAUCAGUGAGAUAUUUACUUGUACUACACCGAGAGUUUUGGACUUUGUUUUGACGAUGCCAAAGGGUAAAAAGUAAAAACAAUGUCAUGAAGUUGCUCCAUAUCAUAUAUCAACUAUUUCUUUGGUACAAAAAUUCAGAUUUCAAACAUUGUAGCAAAAUCCAGGA